AUGUCCGACAUAGAAGACCCAAUUGACUCAGUCGACGAAGGCGGCGAUGACCUCUUCGGUGAUGAUGGCGACGAUGAUGUCGUACCUACCAAGGAGCCUGUCCAUGAGGAUGAUGAACUUGCUUCAGAUCCAGAAGGCGACAGCUACGCGCGGUAUCGCAACGACGACGACGACCAGACUCAAUUCCAGACAAAAGAGCGAGCUAUUCAAAACGUAGAAACCUACCGGCAUCGAAUUCCGAAGCCUAAAGAUGGCGCGCUUCGAAUUCUACGGAUCCCCAAGUUCAUGAAGAUAAUGCCUGAAGUGUACGAUCCCGAGACGUUUGAGCCGACAGAAUUCGACCUGGCAAAUGCCAAGGCUGAGCAUCCUAAGCAUGUCGCUCGAGUACGAAAAGAUCACAGCACCGGCGAAUUCAAGAGCAACACAAACAUCUUUCACUGGAGCGACGGAUCAGUGACCAUUUCCGUUGGCGGAGAGCACUAUGAGAUCCAGAGAAAGGCGCUCGCCCCACCAGCAGACAAGCCCUACAACGAGGUCAAUGAUGGUCACUACUACGCUGCUGCCGCUGAGUUGCACAGCAACAUCCUCAUGACGGUUGGGCAUAUCACAGAGCAAUACAAUGUUCGACCCAAUAAGGCUGUUGGAGACGACGCGCUCACUCUCCUAGCUGAGAGGAUGGCUGUCGCCAGUAAGCCUGCGAAUGCAACUGACAUGAUCAUCCAAACUACUGUCGACCCCGAACUCCAGAAGAAGCAGGCCGAAUUGGCUGAGAAGGAAAGAAUGAAGGCACAGAGGCGACGCGAGAAUGCUGCUGCCAAGAUGGAUGGUGGUUAUGGCCGAUCACGAGGAGGGCUGUCUAUUGGGGACCUUGAAGGUGGGCGCCGAGGCGCGGCAGGCUCUCGCAAGCGCGGCGCACCUGGGUCGGGCAAACCCAGAAGGCGAAGAGAUGAGGAAUCAGACGAGGAGCUUGAGCAUGCUGUUGGUCGGCACGAAGGCUACUCCCUCGAUGAUGGCUUCAUCGUCAAUAGUGACGACGAAGAAGUGGAAAGCGGAGGUGAUGAUGACGAUGAAGAUGAUUUUCCCGACGACGACGAAGAGGAGAAGCCUCGCUCCAAACGUCAGAGGACAAGGGAUCGCAGUGAGGACGUAGAUGAUCUCAGCGAAGUCGAACAAGUGGCAGGAAGAUCCCGCAGGAGAAAUGUCAUCGAUGAUGAUGACGACUAA